ACCAGAGUUCCUGGUAAACCGCGACAUUUCAUAGACUGCUACCUGGAUGAGAUGGACAAGAGGGGAAACGACGGCUCUUUGUUCUCCGAAGACCAGCUUUGUGCCUUUCUCUUGGAUCUCCACUUUGCUGGAACCGACACAACCGCCAACUCCUUGCUCAACGCCUUCUUCUAUCUGAUGAACUAUCCAGAGACCCAGGAGCGCUGCCAACAGGAAAUAGACAAAGUUCUGGAUGGGAAGGAUGAAGUGAGUUUUGAAGACAGGCACCAGAUGCCCUACGUGCAGGCUGUGAUUCACGAGCUCCAGAGGUUGGCUGACACUGCUCCCCUCGCUGUUUUCCACAAGACCACCAAAGACACAGAGCUGAUGGGAUACUCCAUCCCCAGGGGAACCACUGUCAUCCCCAACCUGUCGUCAGUGCUGAGCGAGGAGGGACAGUGGAAAUACCCUCAUGAAUUCAACCCUGAAAACUUCCUCAAUGACCAGGGAGAGUUUGUCAAACCAGAGGCCUUCAUGCCUUUCUCUGCGGGUCCUCGGAUGUGUCUCGGAGAGGCUCUGGCUCGUAUGGAGGUCUUCCUCUUCAUGGUGACUCUGCUGAGGAGGUUCAAGUUCAUCUGGCCUGAAGAUGCAGGAGAACCAGACUACACUAAAGUUUUUGGGACGACUCAAACCCCCAGACCUUAUCGCAUGAAGGUCCAGCUCAGAGGAACGGCCUGAAGAGCUACGAUGCAGCAACUCUCAGGACAAAGGUCCUUCUGAUAAAGAAGCACACGAUGGAUUUACGCUGCAGAACGAACUGUUCACAAAUAAAACACAAGAGUUUAACUUCA